UGCGAACCCACCCUCAUAGUGCAGACGGAGAGACUCGCGAGAAUUAAAGCAAAGAUAGUCAGAAGAGCCACAAAAUUAAUGUAACAAGGUUAACAAACAAAGACGUGGAAGGAGGAAGAUCGCAAAAGCGAAAUGUUGUGCCUCGUCAUCAGCAACCUCUAGUCAGCUGUGCCGUGCGCGCGCUAGAAAAAGAAAUAACCCGACAACUUCCAUGGACAACCGCGACCAGCUUCUUGUCAGCUCCUCGAGCUUCCAAUAACAACAAGCUUGCAGUAGCGUCAAGCUCGACCGGAUUUUGUAAUUGCAUAUAGCAAUAAUUACUCUUUACAAAAAAUAGAUUAUUGACAAAAGCAUGGAGGAAAAGAAGAAUAAAUGUGUAGGAGAGGAUGAAGAGCCAGAAGAUUCAGAGAAUAUCAUUAUCAAUGAAGUAGAUGGUUUACCAAAUUUGCAUCCAAAUUUUGAACAGUUGGAAGAACUCAAUUGUAUAAAAGAACAAAAUCAAAAAGAACUUUCAUCUAAAACUUUGGAGGAGUUGAUUUUUGAUGAAGACCUACCAAUGUCUGUUAUUGUUACUAAUGUGGAUCCUUGUGUUUUCAAAUCUGAUGAUCUUAAGGGAGACAUAGAGAAAUUGUUUAAACAGUUUGGUCAGGAUGCCACAUUUCAAUAUUUCAAGUCAUUCAGAAGAAUGAGAGUCAACUACAGUUCACCAAGUGCAGCUGCUCAAGCUAGAAUACAGUUGCACCAAUACCACUUUGGUGAUACUGACAUCAAUUGUUACUUUGCUCAGCCAGUGACACCCAUUGACGCCGAAGAUCGUCAUUUGCAGCUCCCUGCUCCUCACAAACAGUUCCUAAUAUCACCUCCAGCAUCCCCUCCAUUAGGUUGGGAGCCUUCACAAGAAAAUGAGCCCCUUGUGAAUCAUGAUUUGCUAGCUGCGCUUUCAAACUUAACUCCAGGAGAAAGUCAUGAACUUCAUCCAGGAGGAACAAAUUAUCCAGGAAUUGUUGUACAUGUUUGUGAAAAUGUGACAAAUGGUAUAAAAGGCGCUGGUCGCAUACCACAAACUCGCUGUCCUGAAGACUUCUAAGGCAAGAUACAAACAUGAUACUCAAAGAAUCUCUGCUCGGUUUACGUUAAUAAUUGUUUAAUUGAUUAACUUGUCAAUUAAAAUCCUCAAACUUCAAUGAUCAUCUAUAUUUUUUCUAUUGAACAUUUCUUUAUACAUAAAAUAAUUAAUCAAACGUAUUCAAAUUCAAGUAAUUUAUUAUAGAGAAAAAAUUUAUUUAUAUUUUAAAAGAUAGGCCAAGAAGUAACAACCAAGUUAAAGGUGUGAUAUGAAAUGCGUUAAUUAUUAAAAAUCAUUCUAUCAUCAAGCCGUGUUAUUGUAGGUGUUACCUUAUCAAGAAAAAGAAUAUGAGAAAAGUUUGGAUGUUAUUAUUAUCAAUGUUAAUGAUGUGUAUUAAUAUUGCAAGUGGCGCGGUAAUAUUAGCUAUUUAGAACAACCCAGAAACAUGUUUUCUUGAUAUUUUCGGGUAUGUCUAAAUGCUAUAAAGUGGUUAUAUCAGAAAGAAUAAUAUUAAAAUUGAAAUAAGAAAAUCAGUGGUUAUUAUUAUAACUUUUUUAUUUAACUCCAGAUUGUUAAAAUGCUUUUAAAAAAGCGUUAACUUAUGUUAAGUAAUCACUGACAUGCGAGGCAAGCAUUGUAUUGAGUUUGAAAAAGAAAAAAACAUUUGUACUUAUGUAAAUAAUUGCGUUGAAAUGGAAAUCAGUCUUUUUUUUCGUAAAUUUAGUUGUCAUAGAUAUUUUUCUACUCAAAAAGAAUGAUAUUACUAUAAAAUUUAUUUCUCUUUAGAUGUUCAAAUCAUAUCUUAUUCCCCUUAAAAAUGUUGUAGAAAAUAGGAUGAAGUUUACGUGAAAUAUUCUUUUUAUUUAGCCUUUCAACACCAAAAUAUAUUAAUUUUUAUCAGCUGUUUGUAAAAAUGAUAAAAAAGGAGUUAACUGAUCACGUAACUUUCCUCUAGUAAAUUCCAUCAUAUGCCAUCUUUAUGUAUUUAACACAAAUGGCCGCCUAUUAUCAAACAAAUCACGUUAUAAAUAUAAUAAAUGAUAUGAUUCCGCGUGAGUUACUCAGAAAUGGAAAGAAUCACUAAAGGCUAUAAGAAUUCUCAGCACAUCAUUGACACUUUACGUUUUAGAUAAAUGUUUUAUGACCAGUACAAAACAAGAGUGUCAGAGCUGCGUCUGAAGGCAAAUGGAAGAUUAUUUUCAUAAUAAGAGAGUAAAUUAGUUUUAUACAGCCUGCGUCCAUACUCGAUAACUAACGCUAACAUAUAUAAUGUUAUCGAAUUUUUAGUAUGAUAAAACAAGUAUACACUAAUAAAUUUCAAUCUAAUCUAAUCUAUAAAGUUUUUUCUGAUUCUGUAGAAAACGUACAAAUCUAGAAUGUAAACAAGCAUUUCGAACAAUCAAAUUUACAGGUUUGCGUAUAUAUUAGAAAUUGAAUUUAAUUGGCAGUCUAUGGAAAAUCAAGAAAUUAUAAAUAAAUCAUUGCCAAAAACAAUUAAAAUUAUUCCAAGUCGUUGAAUGUAAGACAUAGCUCUUAAAAAAAUGUCUAUUUAACGUUUUUCAAAUUCAAAAACCAAACGUGUUGAAUGUUUGAUCACAUUUAUAAUGAUGUGACAUGAUUCUCUUGUAUGCUUUGAAUGUCGAAUUUUCGAAAUUUGAAUAUAUUUAAUUGAGUUUAAACAAUCAUUAUUUCUACUAGAUUACAUGUAUAUUUCAAAUAUUUCUUAAUGAAAUCAAGAGAGCUUCUGUUCUAAUAAAAACAUUACUGUGAAUUUUUUUUUAAUCUUGAAAUACUGUAACGGUUGGUUAAUAAAUCUUUAGGUUAGUUAACGCCGUUACCGUGGCGUCCAACGUGAACCGCCGUUGUUAGUAGUUUGUUUAUGAUUUUGAAAUUUUUAACACGAUGAACCGAGGCUGAUAACGACGGUUUGCAAAUAAAAAAAUGUUAUGACCUCUAUUGUAAACGCCAUAAAAGCUACGUUUUUUACAGUGUUUCACUAGUGGUACCUUUAAUCAUUCAUAUCAAAAUUUAGUUGAUUAAGUAUAGUAAUUGUAUGUUGAAAAAAAAAUAUUUAAAAUCAAAUGUUAAAUUAUAAUUAUAUUUUUAUAACAAAAUUAGCAUAACUACUAUCACUGUUUCUUCCGAAAAAAUCAUAGUAUAUAUCUUAAUCUCUGACAAAUCUAUAAUAAAUAUCGUUGUCCACAUAAUUUCUUUCUUUCUAUGUAUCAUUGCCAAAAAAAAUUAAAAACAAAUCUAAAUAACUCUUAGUUGAAGCGAUCAUAUUUUUGCUUAAAUAUUCCCUGAAUACUUGUCAAAUUUUAUUUCGUUUCUUGAUAAUAAAAAAAUGAAUUUGUAAAAUUAAAAGUUUUUGCAAUCUGAAUAAGAAAACGUUGCUGAAAAAAAUAUAUAUUCAUAAAUUCUAAUUACUUUUGAUAAUGAUCAUUCAAGUAAGAUGAUUUGUUUCUAGCGGUAAAUUUAUUAUAAGUGAAAUAUAACAUUUUUUGGCGGCUAUUUAUGUAAAUGAGUGCAAGAAUAAAAAGAUAUUCAUUGCCGUAAUAAGUUAUAUCGUGAGAAUAUAUCUGAUUACUUCAUGUGAAUAUGUGUAUAUAUAUGUAUACGUAAAACGCAUAUGUAUAAAGAAGCGAGAGAAAUAGAUUUGUGCUUUGUCGUUUAUUUUCACACGAGGUGACAGCGAGCACUGUUACCCAUCGGGACUGUGAAGUCUGAGUUGUACUUAAAUACAAGAUUAACUAACAGAGAUAAUGUGUCAGUUUUGAAGGUAAUUAUGUAAAUAAAAUAUACGUAAAUUGUU